AUGCCGGGCGAUCCUCAACGACUCAGGAAGACGUCAACCAAAUCGUCUGGUGUCAAUCCAGCCGAUACGGAAGGCAGACUGUCACCUGUGCAAGAUGUCGACACGGCGUCCAGCAAUGAUGAUGAGGAGGCACUAGAUAUCGAGAAGUCGGCGAGUAUCGAGAGGAAAGAUACGAACGCCAGGAGUUUGUAUUGGAAAGAUCCAUUCAACCGCGCAGAGGAUCAUGAUCCAGCAAUGAAAAUGAGCGGCCGGCGUCCUUCUGAUGCUCGGCGGAGGGUAUCCAUGUCGAACGUGGCCCGCCGAGCGUCGAAUGCCGCCAGGCGGGCGUCUACUGCAAUAGUCGAUACCGCCUACAAGUUGGACCCUUUGACAGUGACUACCGGCAACCCGCUCAACCUUGGUGUGAACGAGAUACGAAGGGUGUCCUCGGCAGGUUACUCCACCACGAGCCAGUUCAACGCACGCCGGUUUUCCACCCUGGCAUCCAGCGUCGAGUCGUCGGUCGACAACGAGAAAUCCGAGCAGGCUCUGUCACCGCGCACAUCGAGGAUUGUGCCUCCUCCUUAUGUGCGUCCAGGCAUGAGCGAGAGGCAAGACGACUAUAUCAUCCAACGGAUUGCCGCUCACGAUGAUGUCGAGUCACUUCCGACGUAUAAGCGUGUCCUCUACCGACUUUGCCCGAUUAUUGUUGUCGUCUCCAUCGCAGCUUACUGGAUUUACUUCGCCCUUCGCGUCAGGUUCACCAGAGAUGCAGAGAAGGCCGCACACAAGACAUACUGGAUGGCUUGGGCCUUCAUCAUGGUGGAGCUAUUCGUCUCAAUCCCUAUGUUGCUCCAUCGUCUAUGGGGUUGGCAUGUUGUUGGUUCUCGAAAAAGACCGAAGUUGCGACUCAUUGGUGACAACGUGCCCUCCGUUGAUGUGGUCAUCACCUGCUGUGGUGAAGACGAUGACCUGGUUCUUGAUACAGCCAAGGCAGCCUGCAACAUCGACUAUCCCCGGGAGAGAUUCCGGGUUCUCGUAUGCGAUGAUGGCAAAUCAAAGACUCUGCAGGAGAUGAUUGAGAGGACGGCUCUGACUCAGUUCGACAAUCUGUAUUAUUACUCGAGGCCAAAGUAUCCGGGUGUGCCCCAUCACUUCAAGGCAGGGAAUUUGAACUCUGCUCUGGACGAGACUGCCAAACUCCCUGGUGGUGCCGCGAAUUUCUUUGCCGCCCUUGAUGCCGACAUGAUUCCCAUGAGAGACUGGCUGAGGGCUUUGUUGCCUCACAUGCUGCAAGACUCGAAAUGCUCAAUGGCGUGCCCCCCACAACUCUUUUACAAUGUGCCUCCGGAAGAUCCUCUCUGCCAGAGCUUGGAUACCUUUGUCCACAUCUCCGAGCCGAUCAAAGAUUCUAUGGGUGUGGCCUGGUGUACAGGUUCCGGUUAUGUCCUUAGAAGAGCAGCUCUCACGUCCAUUGGUGGCUUCCCUACUGGCUCUCUUGCAGAGGACGUUUGCUGUUCUAGCAUGCUUCUCGGGGGUGGAUGGCACACGGCUUUCGUUCACGAACCCUUGCAGUUUGGCACUGUGCCGGAUUCCCUGACCAGCCAUUUGAAGCAGCGAACCCGAUGGACUAUUGGUACCGUCCAGACUUCUUUCAAGUUACGCUUCAGUAUCUACGGCCCUCUGGUGAAACACAUGACAUUCCCUCAGCGACUGUGUGGAUUUGUGUACACUAUAUCAUCCUUGUUCACGAUCUUCUUGGUCCUCUCGAUGUUCACAGCCCCGAUUGUGCUAGUGUCUGGUGGCAACCUUGUGCCCUUCAGAACCAUUAAUCAAUUGAAGUGGCUAAUUCGAGCCAACUUCAUGUCCACCAUCUUGAACCGGCUCAACGAGUUUAUUUCUUAUCUUCCUUCUGGAUACCGCACUGGUCAGAGAGAUGCCAGGGCCAUGAUGUGGAUGGCACCAUUCCAUGCCAUCUCAGUCAUCCGUACCUUCCUCCUGCCUAGUUGGCUUGGAGGAAAGGUCGCAGUCUUCACGUCGUCAGGAUCACAGAAAGCCGAUUUGAACGAGCGUGAUCCUCGACUCAGGGCUCCGCUAUGGCGCCGCCUCAAGGUUACCAUCUGGGACUGUGAAUGCUACCUUCACCUUAUCUACAUCAUGUUUGUGCUGGCUGCCGUUGGGGUCAGCAUGUACCGGAAUCUCACAGAUCACUCGAACAACACAGCCAAGAAGACUCUGAUUUCCUUGCUCACACACGCCUACUGGCCCCCAAUCAUCUGGGUCACCUGCGUCACGUCUUGCUGGAUACCCAUCAACUACGCCUUGUUCCCCCCCAAUUGCCCGGACCGGCAGGACUUGCUGGUUCGAGACCCUGACACGGGCGUGGCAUACCCUACAGAAGAGGCGAAGAAGACCAAAAUCACAUGGGCCUCUUAUGCAUGGGAGUCCCUGUACAGUCUUGUCACCCUGUACGGUGUGGUGGUGUUUAUCCUUUCUUUCUGGUUCUAA